AUGCUAAUGGUCGGGGGCAGUGAUGAUACAGGGAGGUUAGGCCUGAAGCCUUCCCUCAUCCGCACCCCUGGCGCCCCACACCCGCGCGCUUCGGCGGGCGACCCCUCCGCCGCGCACGCGCCCUCCGCGGACUCUCCGCUGACCUUCCCAGGGAAACCCCUUCAAAAGCGUUUCCCCGUCACCUCGCGCCUUCCCCGCCCUUCUUGCUCUUUCCGCUUCCUCCACGCGCCUGCGCGGACCCAAUUAACCCGGGAAACUGCAAAACUGACGUUUGUGCUGUUAGGCGCGCGCGCGCGGCGGGAAAAGAAACCUGGCGAAGGCUGGCCCACGGUCCGCUGUCCGCGCGUCCCUGGGCCUCGAAAGGGGCCCGCCAAGAGCGCGAGAGCGCGCCGCAGGGGCGGGGUGGGAGCGGCAAGCCGGGCGUCUCGCGGCCCCGGGGCUGACGAGGCGGCGAGGGCGGGCGGCGCGGCUCCCGGGGGAGGAGUCUGGCGGUGGUCGGGCCCUGAGGAGCGUGCGGCGGCGCCCAGAGAGGACGCAGUUUUCCGCUCAGGAGUGAGCGGCCGAGGGAGGGCGCGAGGGGAAACCGGAAGGAAGGGGAGGUGGCGGCGCCAGCCUUCCUCUAAGGGAGGCGGAGGCGAGACCCCGGCCCUAGCCGCCGCGGGAGGGCCACGCCCCCGCCGCCGCGCUCCUGGGGCCCAGCGUCUUCGGGGCCGCCGGCCGCACUGGAUCCCAACCCUCAGGACUGAGGGACUCGGUUACUCCAGAGGAUCCACUGAACAUAGGAUGUUGCCACAAAAUCUACCUCGUGUGUUACUCUCUUUUGAGAUGAACAGUUGCAAAUUUGAGCAAGAUGUGUGCAGACUGUGUUGAAAAACUCUGAAGAACCUAA